AUGGACGCCUCGCACACGGGCUCCUCCUCCGCCGCCGGCGAGGCCCCGACCACCGGGGAGCACCGGAUGGGCACCACCAUCGUCGGGGUCUGCUACGAGGGCGGCGUCGUCCUCGGCGCCGAUUCCAGGACCAGCACUGGAAUGUAUGUAGCCAACCGUGCUUCAGACAAGAUUACUCAACUGACAGACAAUGUGUAUGUCUGUCGCUCUGGAUCUGCUGCUGAUACACAAGUCAUUUCGGACUAUGUACGUUAUUUCCUCCACCAACACACAAUCCAGCUUGGACAACCAGCUACUGUUAAAGUUGCAGCCAACUUGAUUAGGUUGCUAGCUUAUCAGAACAAGAACAUGUUGCAAGCUGGCAUGAUUGUUGGAGGAUGGGAUAAGUAUGAGGGAGGCCAAAUUUUCUCGGUCCCUCUUGGUGGAACGAUCUUGAAGCAACCAUUUGCAAUUGGAGGUUCAGGUUCCAGUUACCUAUAUGCCCUUCUUGAUCAUGAAUGGAAAGAGGGAAUGAGCCAGGAAGAGGCAGAGAAAUUUGUGGUGAAGGUAGUUUCCCUUGCUAUUGCCCGUGAUGGUGCUAGUGGUGGGGUUGUCCGUACAGUUACGAUAAAUGCCGAUGGCGUGAAGAGGAAUUUUUACCCUGGCGACAAGCUACCCCUGUGGCACGAUGAGCUGGAGCCCCAUAACUCUUUGCUUGAUAUUCUUGCUGCUGGGAACCCUGAUCCCAUGGUGCAGUGA